AUGGGGAGUUUCCAUCCUGAGCCACUGACCGAGCCAAUCGCCAUUGUUGGCUUGAGCUGCAGAUUUGCAAGCAGUGCCAGCAGCCCGGAAGAGUUGUGGAAGAUGCUUGCCAAAGGAAAGAGCGGUUGGAGUGAGAUCCCUGCCUCGAGAUUCCAUCUCCAGGGGGCCUUCCAUCCGGAUCCCAAUAGGUCCAGCGGGACAAACGUUCGUGGGGGACACUUUCUAGAACAAGACCUUGGUGUAUUCGACGCACCCUUCUUUCAUUUUACUGCUGAAGCUGCCUCUAGUAUGGAUCCUCAAUUUCGUCUUCAACUUGAAACCGUCUACGAAGCCUUGGAGAACGCCGGUCUUCAGUUGAAUGAGGUGGCCGGAACAGAUGCUUCAGUCUUCUCGGCAGUGUUUGUGAACGACUAUAAAGAUAGUUUUCUUCGCGACGAAGACAAUCUGCCGCGCCUUCUUCUACCGGGAAACGGAGCUGCCAUGGCAUCAAAUCGCAUUUCACAUUUCUUUGACUUUCGUGGGCCAAGUUUUACCGUAGAUACGGGUUGUUCGGGAAGUUUGGUGGCUCUUCACCAGGCCGUGCAGAGUCUACGAAGCCAAGAGUCAAACAUGGCCGUGGUAAGCGGUACAAACCUUCUGCUUAAUCCAGAUCAAUUCAAAAGUCUGAGCUCAUUGGGGCUGUUAUCACCCGAUGGGAAGUCAUUUGCGUUUGACAGUCGAGCAAACGGAUACGGCCGUGGAGAAGGUGUCGCAACUGUGAUUAUCAAGCGUUUGAAAGAUGCGGUAGCUGCGGGUGAUCCUGUACGAGGCAUCAUUCGCGAGACUUUUCUGAAUCAAGACGGUAGGACUGAGACCAUCACAACACCUAGCCAGGCAGCACAGGAGGCCCUCAUCCGAGGAUGCUACCAAAAGGCUGGGCUCGACCCUCUCAACACACAGUACUGUGAGGCUCACGGGACCGGUACGCCCACUGGCGACAUCAUUGAAGCGCGAGCGAUGGCAAAUGCUCUGCGGUCGGGAAUGCCGUCUGAUCCUGUUUUGCGGAUUGGCUCGGUCAAGACAAAUGUGGGCCAUACGGAGGCCGCGAGUGGACUCGCUGGUAUCAUCAAGGUCGUCCUAGCAAUGGAACAAGAGAGAAUACCCCCGAGCAUCAACUUUGAAAAAUCUAAUCCAAAGCUUUCUCUCGAGAAAUGGCGGCUGCAGGUAGUCCGAGCUUUAGAGGAGUGGCCUAUCGGCCAAUCUGGCGUCCGGCGCGCCUCUAUCAACAACUUUGGCUAUGGUGGCACUAAUGCUCACGUCAUCAUGCAAGACGCGAAGUCUCAAAUGAUGGAAUGUUAUCCAAAUUUGAGAAGCCAAAGCGUUCCUGCUCCAGCGCCGCCGUUGCAAGUGCUGAUUCUCAGUGCUCAUGAUGAGCACUCUUGUCAGCAGAUGGUGACCAAUCUCAAAGCAUAUCUUCAGCGACAACAACUAGAAAAAGCCGAUGAACUUUUUCUUUUGCAAAGGCUCAUAUACACUCUAGGGAACCGUCGCUCUAGACACUCCUGGGUCGCAUGUCACCCUGUCCCCUGCAACGGGGGCAUUUCAGCUGUCAACCGAAUCUUGGAUUCGCCGCAGUUCAGGUCAUCUCGCAGCAUGCAUCAACCUCGUAUCGGCAUGGUAUUCACAGGCCAGGGCGCCCAGUGGUAUGCAAUGGGCCGAGAGCUGAUCCCCGUAUAUGCCGUAUUUCGCAGCACUCUGGAGAAGGCGGAUAGGUAUCUACAAGAGCUGGGGGCGAAUUGGUCCCUUUUGGAAGAGCUGUCUCGUGAUAACCACAACACUCGAGUUAACGAAACUGCCCUGAGUAUUCCUAUCUGUGUUGCUGUUCAAAUUGCAUUGGUGCAACUAUUACAGGCCUGGGGUUUGUACCCAACUGCAGUCACGAGCCACUCCAGCGGUGAGAUCGCCGCUGCAUAUACUGCUGGUGCACUGGACCUCUCAUCUUCCAUGGCGGUAGCUUACUACCGGUGCCUUUUUGCUGAUGACCGUCGUCUCUUUGGAUCCACCCCAGGUGCUAUGACUGCCGUCGGUCGUGGGAUUGAAGAGGUGGAGAGAUACCUCACGUCUGCAAUUGGGACUGGAGCCCACACAGCUGUUCCUGCAUGCAUAAAUAGCCCCUCAAGUGUGACUGUUGCUGGUGACGUCGACGUUGUGGAGCGGGUUGAAACCAUCGCCAAGGAAGACGGGGCUUUCUGCCGCCGGCUCAAGAUCAACACAGCAUACCACUCACAUCACAUGAAGCCUGUUGCAGAGCCAUAUCGACAGGCAUUACUGAAGGCUUUACCCAAAGGAAAGACUGGUACACCACCACCGCAUCCAAUCGAAUGUUUCUCACCAGUCACUGGUGGUCAGAUAUUGAGCGGUCGAAUGGCUACUGUGGAUCACUGGAUUCAGAGUUUGCUGGGUCCGGUUGAAUUUGUAAAUGCAGUCAGCAACAUGGUGCUAGAUAUGACUGAUCUUUCGAGUCGUGUGGAUCUCCUGCUUGAAGUCGGUCCACACAAAGCACUAGGUGGACCUUUACAGGAGAUUCUGUCCCUUCCCAAAUUUAACGACGUCCAGGUUUCAUAUCAUGGUUGUUUGGUGAGGCAUACGAAUGCAGUUGAGACCAUGCAGGCUCUAGCUGCUCAGCUCAUAAGCCAAGGCUAUCCUGUCAAUCUGAACGCCGUCAACUUUCCAGCAGAUCGGCCUCGGUACUUGCCUGUUCUCCAAGAUCUGCCGUCUUACCCUUGGAAUCACGCAGUAAAGCAUUGGUCUGAGCCGCGCUUCAAUAGGUCCCUGCGAAAGCGCACUGAGGCGCCGCAUGAGUUACUGGGCUCACGGAUGCUUGGCAGUGAUUGCGAUAGCCCAGCGUGGAGACAUACACUGCGUGUCUCAGACAGCCCCUGGCUUGAAGAUCAUGUGGUGCAGUCGAACGUGCUUUAUCCUGGUGCAGGAUAUGCUUGCUUGGCGAUAGAAGCAAUGUCACAAUUAGCUCAACACCAGGGUCAAAAGGUGUCGAGCUAUCAUUUGCGACAUAUUGAUAUCCUUCAGGCAUUGAUAGUUCCUGACGUGGCUGAAGGCACCGAAAUUCAGACAGCUCUGCAAACUCCCAGCCGCCGUGACAUUGGAAGCCAAGGUUGGAUGCAAUUUGAAGUUCGCUCAGUUACCUCAAACAAUAGAUGGAUGACUCACGCCCGAGGCGAGAUACGUGUGGAUAAUAUGGUGUCUGAAAAAAUUGACUUAAGCUGUCAGCCAGCGACAAAUCCGUUGGGAGCGUACACCAGAGACGUCGACCCAGAAGAUUUCUAUCGCAGUCUCCAUGAUGUUGGGAUCUGUCACGGAUCCAAGUUUAGAAACAUACAAUGCAUCACACAGGCAGGAAACCAGGCCCGGUCCGUUUCCGAUAUCAUGAUAGGUAAAAUCAGCACCAUUGAGACUUGCAUGCCACAGGGCAAUGUGGUACACCCGACAAUAAUGGACUCAGUUGUUCAAACAGCUUACACAGCUCUAUCGAGUGCCCAUCAUUUGCGUGGUAAUGCAUGCGUGCCACGGAGGAUUGACCGGCUUUGGGUGUCUGCUGGUAUUCCAUCACGUACUGGUCAUGUGUUUCGCGCGCACACCUGCCUGUCUCAUGCCGACAAACGAGGGAUCAAAGCGGAUAUAAUUUUGGUCAAUGCUAUAGAAUCCGAAGACCAGAGUCGGGGGGAAAUGUUGAGGAUGGAAGGCCUGGAUUGUCAGUCUAUUGGACAGACGGUCGCCUUACCUGGGCACACACCAAAAAAAACAGUCGAUGAACUUCAAUCUAAGAUAAGCUGGGCUCCAGACCUGGGCCUGAUCUUGCCAACGACAGAAGAAGCUCUACAACUGCAGCUUGUCCAUACUGAGAAUCCCGAGGAACGAAGCUUACUGAUAGGCCUGCGUCGAGCAUGUGUGUACUAUAUGAAGAAUGCCGUCGAUAGUAUCUCUGAGUCUGAUAGAAGUACUCUUAGAGGUCAUUGGGCGCAUUUCUUUUCGUGGAUGCAAGAGCAAAUUCAUCUUGCGGAAUCAGGUCUACUGGGGCCUGGUAGCGCAGCUUGGGUGCAGCACCGCCUUGAUGAUCAAAAGGGGUGGCUAGAUCAGGUGUCGCAAGUCAGCGUCAACGGCUCCAUGCUGUGUCAUGUGGGCCCUCAUCUAGCGGCGCUCUUGCGUGGGGAGACAAAAAUGGCUAACCUGAUGGACGAUCAGCGCCGCUGGACUGAAUACCACGCCCACGCAAUCAAGAUGCAGCGUUGUUUCACCCAGCUUUCGGAAUUGCUCCGUUCUCUCUUACACAAGAAGCCGCGGGCCCACAUUCUGGAGAUUGGAGCUGGAAGUGGAGGCGCUACUCGACAUGCGCUUCAGGCAAUGGGCACAACUGUGGGGAGAAGACCUCUUACGACAACAUAUCAAAUCACGGAUGUAUCCCCUGAUUGGAUAGAUUUUUUGCAGGAUAGCUUGGGUGAUCUGGGUGACAUGGUAUCUUUCGAAACUUUGGAUAUCGAACUUGACCCCGUCUUGCAAGGUUUCGAGAGUGGAACAUUUGACAUUGUGAUUGCAAGCGACAUGAUGCACGCCACAACGUCAGUCGAAAAGGUGUUAGGGAACGUGCAUCAACUGUUAAAACCCGACGGUACAUUUUUGUUGCUGGAAACAACCCAAGAUCAGCUUGAUGUUCAGCUUGUGUGCGGCCUAUGCGCAGAAUGGUGGCUCAACGAUGAUUCCGAUGGCAAGGAAACAUUUUCCAGCCCGACACGAAGCACGAGCCAAUGGAAUGCAUUAUUCAGAUCGACUGGUUUCUCAGGCGUUGAUCUGGAAAUUCGUGAUUGUGGCAGUGAAGACUUGUAUUCACGCAGCACCAUGCUGACAACUGUGGCGCCCUUACGGCGUCCUUCCUUGGCUGUUGAGCCGAUUCUUCUGGUCACUCACAACCAGCUGAACCAAAUCCCGCCGGCGUGGCUGACAUCUCUGCGGACUUCUCUGAUUCAGGCUGGAGCAGCUCCUCCAUUAGUUCAAACUCUUCAAGGAUCUGACCCUAACAUGUAUGAUGGCAAAAUUUGUGUUUUUGUUGGAGAGCUUACCCAGCCAGUUCUCCACGAUAUGGAUGCCAAUGUUCUAGCCGCCCUCCAGGCCAUGACCGCCCGCUGCAAGGGUCUCCUCUGGGUAACGAUUGGCGGAGCAGUUGACUGCGAAAAUGUCAACGUUAGCUUAGCCCCCGGACUGACGCGUGUCUUGCGCAAUGAAUUCAUAGACCGCCCAUUCCUGACUCUAGACUUGGACCCCAGCAAGCCGUGCUUGUCCGAAGCAGGAAUUCAUUCUAUUGUGCUCGUCCUUCAGAGCCAUUUUGAUCAUUCAGUGCCUCCAAGUGUAUUCUCGGCCUCAGAAAGCGACGCCGUAUUACAAGAAUUCGAAUACGCCGAGCGCAAUGGGCUUCUCUUGAUACCGCGAUGCUUCCCUUAUGCCUAUCAACAAAGAGAACUCCGGCGGGAGAUACCUGAUCCAUUGAACCUUUCUUUUGAACUGUUUCAUCAACCUGAUCGCCCAAUUCGUAUGGAGCUUGGAGUGCCUGGACUAAUUGAUUCUCUACAAUUUGUUGAAGACACCAAGCCGAAAGGGGACUGGCAGUUCAAUCCGGAUUGUAUUGAAAUUGCACCACGGGCAUUCGGUGUCAACUUCCGCGACGUGUUGGUGGCCAUGGGCCAGUUGGAUGAGAAUGUCAUGGGCAUCGAGUGUGCUGGACUCAUUACUCGCGUUGGCAGCGAAGCUGCCACACAUGGUUAUCAAAUUGGCGACUCCGUUUUUGCCAUACUCCGGGGUCCUUUCAGCAGCCGCGUGUGCAUUGAGUGGACCUGCGUCGUGCAACUCCCUCCUGGUCUAAACUUCGAGGUAGCUGCUUCCAUUCCGACCAUUUUUAUAACGGCAUAUUUGGCACUCUAUGAUAUUGCUCGUCUCCAGCGAGGUCAGUCAGUUCUUAUCCAUGCUGCUGCUGGAGGUGUUGGGCAGGCAGCAAUUCAAUUAGCACAGCUUCGUGGCGCAGAGAUCUUCGUAACGGUUGGAACGGCUCAAAAGCGCUCCCUGUUGGUGGACCAAUAUCAAAUUCCGGCGGAUCAUAUUUUCUCGAGCCGCGACAUUUCUUUUGCCGCUGGGGUGCGUGCAGCCACGAAUGGUCGUGGAGUUGAUGUGGUGCUCAACUCUCUGACAGGCUCCUUGUUAGAUGCUAGCUUUGAUCUCCUUGCCCCGAUGGGAUGCUUCUGUGAGAUUGGGAAACGUGAUUUGGAGGACAACAAUCUGUUAGCAAUGCAGCCCUUCGCCCGACAUGCCACCUUUGCUGCUAUUGACUUGUUGGCCUACAGUCGACAUCGCAGCCACGACACACAACGUAUCAUGGCUGAGGUCUCUUCUCUUUUCCGUCACAAGAAGAUAAAACCUAUCCAGCCUCUUACCGUGUACUCAAUGGCGGAUGCCGUCAAAGCAUUCCGCCUGCUUCAGACAGGAAAACAUCAAGGAAAGGUCGUGUUAUCCACUAGUCCAGAGGAACGUGUGCCGAUACUACAGCGACUCCCGGUUGCUAAACUCUGCUCCGACGCUUCGUAUCUUUUAGUUGGGGGUCUUGGUGGUAUUGGACUUUCCGUUGCGCAUUGGCUAAUUGCACAUGGUGGCCGGAAUCUCAUUCUUCUCUCACGUAGUGCUGCAACUCCAGCCCAUGACAGUACAGUGAAGGAACUGCGGAACUCCGAGGGUUGUACCAUCAAAACAAUAGGAUGCGACAUCGCCGAUCCGGAGCAGGUUCGCAUCGCUUUACGUGAUUGUGAGCAGGACCCAGAGUUACCUCCCAUCCGGGGCAUUAUCCAUACUGCCAUGGUGCUGAGGGACAGUAUAUUUGAGCAGAUGACCAUCGAAGACUUUCAUGCAGCACUGCGUCCUAAGGUUCAGGGUACGUGGAAUUUGAAUCAGUAUUUCCAGCAACCCGGUCAACUGGACUUUUUCAUUAUGUUUUCUUCCGUGGUUGGCGUGACGGGCAACGCAAGUCAAGCCAAUUAUGCAGCAGCGGGUGCGUACCAAGAUGCUCUCGCCCGAUGGCGUGUCUCAAAUGGACUACCAGGAACUGCAAUCGAUCUAGGGCCAGUGAAAGGAGUCGGCCAUCUGAGUCAGGCUCGUGGUUUGGCGAGUCGUUUUUCUCGCAUGGGAUACACGUUGAUUAGCGAAGACCAAGUCCUGGACGCUCUCAAAGCAGCCAUCCUAUCGCCCCUGGAGCCGCAGAUUGUGGUUGGAAUCAACCCAGAACCAGGUCCUCAAUGGAGCCGCGACGGGCAAUCCGUGCUGGGGAGGGAUGCGCGAUUCCAGGCCUUACAGUGGGAUCCUCAGCAGGGCAAGAGCGGGGCAUACCAAGGAGGCAGGGACGGGGCGUCUCUUGCCGACCAACUAGCGAUGUCGACCUCCAGAAAUGAGGCGGAAAGGCUAGUGGGUAAUAUCAUCACUCGCAAGCUUGCUGAUAUUUUCAUGAUUGAUGCUGCUGACAUUGAUAUGUCGACUCCACCCACUCAACUUGGUGUGGACUCACUGGUAGCGGUCGAAAUACGCAACUUGCUCGCUCUUCAGGCGGGUACUGAAAUCCCUAUCUUCAUCAUCCUGCAAAGCCCAUCCUUAGCUGCACUUGCUGCUGAGAUCGUUGACAAGAGUAGUCACUUAGGCUUGGCUGCUGUAUCGUAG